AGUCGCUGUGCCUGCCUCACGCCCAGGAGUGUGACUAAUCACCCGAGAAGGAAAUGAGAUGUCGAACAGAGAGAACAGAGGAAAAGAAAGGAAUGGAAAUGAUGGUGUCAUGCCCAGCUCUUCCAAAAUUUUAUAUUUCUUAACUCAUCUGUUUCUGCUUUUUCCAGAUGUAUCCAGAUGUUACUGGUGAUGUGCAAUCCCUUGCAGCAGGUACUUGGCGUGGAUGGAGUCAACUUCAGCGUGCACGUGGAGAACCAGACGCAGGUGCGAGACACCAUGAGCCGGAGACACCACCGAGUCUACCAGCUCUACAGCCGUACCAGUGGCAAGCACGUCCAGGUGCUGGGACGCAGAAUCAGCGCCAAGGGAGAGGACGGAGACAAAUAUGCCCAGCUUGUAGUGGAGGCAGACACCUUUGGUAGCCAGGUGAGAAUCCGAGGCAAAGAAACCAACUUCUACCUGUGCAUGAACCGCCGCGGGAAGCUGGUGGGAAAGAAGGCCAGUAACCGAAGCGCUGACUGCGUCUUUGUGGAAAUGGUCCUGGAAAACCACUACACGGCUCUGAUGUCGGCGCGCUACUCGGGCUGGUAUGUCGGCUUCACCAAACGGGGGCGUCCUCGCAGGGGGCCCCACACGCUCCCCAACCAGCAGGACGUACACUUUAUGAAACGCUUCCCACCGGGGGAACAGCCUGACCUCACCACACCCUUCCGCUUCACAACCAUCAGCAAGCGGGUCAAAAGGGUCCGCGCCACCGGGACACGCUAGCAGCGGCUAACCCUGGCACCCGCUGUCUUGACGAGCAAAAGCCUCACCCUGAGCCUCCAAAUGGCUAACCCAGUCAUCUCUUCUGUUGCACUCGACUGAACGUCCAUCCCUUUGUUGUGACAAAUAUUGACCAGAGAAGCGAUGAAUCAUUAAUGGGGUUCAGCUCUAAGAAUCCUAAUUAAACACUCCAAGCCCCCGGUUAGGCAUCAUUUCUCUAACUUUUUGUUCCCUUUACUGGACCAACUGGACUGUAUCUCCAGUAAUGCUGGAAACUCAGAAGGAGCGAAAGAGAGCCUUCAGGUCGGUCAAGAGUCCGAGGCAGGACAGCCUUGAUUCCGCCAUCACAUAACCCCACCAAACCCGUCUGCUGUCAAUCGUGGGAUUUUAACUGGACCAUACAGAGAGAGCAUGGCUGGGAAAAGACUUGCCGAACAAGACAAUGAGCGCUUAGCCGACUGACAAAGGGAACAUCAGAACAUGAAAAACGUCCCAGCGGACAAAGAGACAGAGCGAUCCGCACGGAUCCAGAGGACAUACAAUGGACUGCUGACAUGUGAUGCACUUAUCUGUCUCACCACCGAACUCGCGGGGACCUGCGAGACUGUUGGACGGGACGGCAGGACGCUAACCAGAAGGAUGAAUGGGGAAAUAUUAGAGUGACUGACAUUGAAUAUAUGCAUGUUGUUGAGAGGAUGACAAGAAAACGUGUAUCGCAUGAGUGCUUGGAGAUCAAGUCACAAGGGGUUCUGUGCGGUCCCUGCACGAACCGGGACGACUCAACGCAAGGGACCGAAGCUUUACGAACAGGAAUGUACUAAAUAGACCAAGCCGCACCAAAUCCUGCCAACAAAGCACUGCAAACCAAACCAACUGCGACCAAAGACAACUGGGGACCUUCUUUAUGAUUCCUCCUCUUUCUAUGCCCCUCCCCCCCCCGAGGACACUACAUCCACAGCUUUAAGGUGCAGAAGGUGAUGAGUGCUUGGCUAAGCCCAGUGGGGAGGGCGCCUUCUCCAAUAGCAUUGCUAUAGAAACGACCCAGGGGGACGAUGCUCCUGUGAGAUACCGUUGAUACAGAGUGCUGCUACCAGGACAUUCAGUGGAACAACCCAAAGUCUCAUGCAUACACACAGGGAAAGAAGAAUUAAAGGGAACAAUUUAUUGAAAGUAUAAAUAUAUAUAUAUUAUAUAUUAAAGAAAGACAGAAACGUAAAUAAGCAAUCUUACUAUGAUGGUUACUAUAAUUAUUACGAUAAAAUUAUUUCAUUUAUUUAUUUCAGCUCUGUGUGCAGCGGUCUUUCUUGACUCAGUAAACCUUUCAGAAACAUC